CGCAAACCGCGCAAACGACGUCUCCGCUGAGCGAAUUUGUUGUUUACGUUCAUAGACGACCUGCGGUUCGGCCACUGAUUAGUUUUUGCUUAUUUUUCAAAAUUUCAUGUAAAAUUAUCGGUGUUUUGUGAGAUUAUCCGCGUCGGAAGGAUCUUAAAUUGGUUAAGGUUUGGCGAGUGCCCAAAUUGUGGUGUAAAUGUUUCUGUACGGAUUGUGAGGGUGAUUGUUUUCCUAUCCCCUCUUGGUGCGCGAAUGCUAUUGUGUGUUGCUGUAAUAAACUUGAUUGUGACCGGUUGAUUGUUGUUCGUGGUGCAGAUCCAAUCGCGUUUGAUCUUAGGAUUGGGAAGCAUGUUUGUGGAGGAUCUUCGGAGACAUUUCUACGAACAGCUGAUCGGUAAACGGGUCCUGGUGAUCGUGAACUACGACGUCGAUGCCAUCUGCACCAGCAAGAUCCUACAAGCCCUGUUCAAGUAUGACAACAUGGUGUAUUCCAUUGUGCCUAUUAUGGGUGUCAGCGGGAUGCUGCGAGCGUACAACGAGAACAAAGACGAUGUCAAGUUUGUGCUGUUUGUAAAUUGUGCGGGCUGCAUCGAUGUUGUAGAACUUUUGCAACCCGAAGAGGACAUGACGUUCUUCAUCUGUGACUCCCAUCGGCCGUAUCAUAUCUGCAAUGUCUACAGCGAAUCACAGGUCCAAAUCUUGGGGGCUCACAACAAGAACGAGGAAGGCAUCCCUGAUUACGAUCAAAUCUAUCAGGACACAGACGAAGAAGACGACGAAGAAGAUGACGACGAAGAUGCCGAUAACAGUGAUGAUGAAGAACAGCGCGGUACCCGGGAAAUGAACCGAAUCCAACGUAUCGAAAAGCAAUUGCUAAAGCGACGGAAGCAACGUGAAUGGGAAGAAAAACGCAACCAGCUGAUGUUUGAGUACACCCAGUUCAACUACUAUGGGAAAAGUUCAGCGUUGACUAUUUUCGAGCUCGCCUGGCGUCUGUCCAAGGAUUCGAUUGAUCUCCUCUGGUGGGCCAUUGUAGGAUUGACGGAGCAACUGCUACUGGGAAAGAUCGAGAGUGCGACCUAUACGUUAGCUACCGAGAGCGUUCAAUCGCACGUAUCACGCCUCACCAACAAAGCCAGUGAUCAAACGAUUCAAACCUCCGUUAAGAUUCACUACGAAAAUGAUCUCCAUUUGGCACUCUAUAGGCACUGGAGCGUACUGGAUUCCUUGAAGUACUCCAUCUAUCCCGCGUGCAAGAUGAAAUUGUGGACCUACAAGGGUGAGAAGGUCAUGCAUGAGCUGCUCGUCGAUAUGGGACUUCCUUUGGUGCACGCCAAACAGACAUUCAACGCCAUGGAAUUGGAGUUGCGUAAAGAGUUCUACGACAAAAUGGAAAAAUUUGCUGACAAGUAUCAUCUUCCAGACAUCAUCUAUGGUUCGUUCAUCCUUCAAUACGGCUACAGAAAUAAGUACUCGGCCGCGGACUACGUUUACUCGAUGCUGGCGAUUUUGGAAUCCAUCAAGAAGGAUCGCAAUCCGGAAACUUGCUUCCUCGAAUCAAUGGACGCCCUAUCGCGCAGCAACAAGGACAUCCUCGAUAAUGGCAUCGACAUGUGCAAGACGCUGCUGGCGGCCAUCUUCAAACAGGUCCAGAGCUCGCUCGAGAUGCACGCCGUCUACUCGGCCGGGCAAUUCCUGUACUUCAUUCUGCAGGAGGAGAUUUCGUUCUUCACAUGCCCGUACGGUUUGCUCAUGUUGGCGCGGUUCCUGUUGAACGGCCAUGUGGCCGUUUCGCGGAAUCGGCGGGCACGAGAAUUGCCAUUGAUCGCGGUGGCACCGAUCGACGUCAGCCGGGGUUAUUCGCUGCUGGUCGGUGUGCCGCCCGUAUGCGAGGAUAGUAAAAACUUCUUCGGUAAGGCUUUCGAGCAGGCAGCGCUGAAAAGUGGCGCCACGAUUUCGCAGGACUUUUUCGAACCGGCCGUCAUUCAGAUACGACACGCAGACUGCACUAAAUUUCUCGACGCGCUGACGGUGUUGCUAAGCUAAAUUUGUUUGUCGAAGGUUUUUUUUUGUUGUUUAAGGACUUUUUUGUAAGUUUGGAUUACGCUUUAGAAUAGUUUACUUUUACACCUGACUCACAAUAUUUAUCGAUAAGCUGCGAGGAACCCGACAUUAUAUAUGAGCUGAAUCGAA